UUGACUCUGCAAGAAAAUCUCUGUUUCAGAACAAAUUAUAACAGUUUCCUUAAACCAAUCACAACAACCCAUUCCUCUCACUCUUUUACUUUCUCUCUCUCUCUCUCUCAUGUAGAGCUUAAGCUGUUUGUUAUAAUGGAAAAUGAAGGAAAACGAAAGAUCAAAGAAGAAGAGCCGAAUAAGGAGGAGGAAGAAGAAGAAAUAAGUAAACUGGUUUUGGGCAUAAUGGAAGGUUAUAGUGACUCUGUCAUUCCACCAUUGUCACAGUUUAAGCCUUCAUCAGUACUUGAAUCUGCCAUUGUUGUUGCUCAGGAGGAUUCUAGCUCGAGAAAGCGAGCUAGAACUAAAUCAAUUCCUGAAAGAGACAGAAGAGUGAAGUUGAAUGAGAGUUAUGAAUUUCUUGAAUCCUUGGUCCCGGGUCUUCUUCCCAAGGCUUCAAAGGAGAAGGUUCUUCAUGCAGCAACUGAGUACAUAAAGUACCUUGAAGAGAAAAAGAAAAUGUUGGAGAAGCUCAAGGAAUCCUCCUCCUGCUCCUCGUCAGAACCAAUGGCAGAAAAAGGGAAGCAGAUUUUGCCAUGUACAAGUAGUAGCAGAAAUUUAUCUGUCAGUGUUACAUUUUCUGGUAACAUUGCCUUCUUUGGAAUACAGAGCCUAAAACGACAGGGUUUAGUGACUCAGAUUUUCAUGGUGUUCCAUAAGCACUUGGUUGAAGUUUUGACUGCAAAUGUUGUAGUCAACCAUACCCAUUUGACUCUUACUGUCACUGCUUUUGUGAAUGGUAAUGAAAGCAAUACUGUAGAGGAGAUUAAGAGAGACAUUUUGAUCUUGUAGAGUGGAUUUUUAGGGUAUACUUUUGGAAUAGGUAGGGGUGUAGGGAUAUGAAUCUUUGUGGGGUGUGGUUAGGACAGUGACAAGAAAUCACUUAUAAGAAAACUUGUUCAUAUUAACAAAAACAGGCUAAUGACAGGAGUUAAUGGCUUCAGUUUGCUCAAGGCCAUGUGAGGUUGAGCCUCAGGCCGCAUCUUUCUUAUUUUGUCUAUUUCCCCUUAUAAUAAUAGCAUAGUGAAAGUACCAUUCUACCAGAAUAGAAACAGUGCUCAAAAUGAAAAGGACCUAUAUUUGUUGUACUGCUGGUAAAGUGACUGAGACCCAAACCAUUGCCAUUUCACAUGG